CUGACCCGGAAUCGGAUUCUAGUCCCGCCCCCUCCGCCAGGCUUCCUUCUGCAACAGGCGUGGGUCACGCUCUCGCUCGCUCUCUUUCUGCCGCCAUCUUGGUUCCGCGUUCCCCGCACACCCUUCGCAGAGUUUUUAAGAAUAUUUGACUCUGGGUUGGGCAGCAGAACGGAUCCCAGUCAAUUCAGGCCUCCUUUUUAUUCCCUUCAGAAAUGCCUGGUGAAGCCACAGAAACCGUCCCUGCUACAGAGCAGGAGUUGCCACAGCCCCAGGCUGAGACAGGGUCUGGAACAGAAUCUGACAGUGAUGAAUCAGUACCAGAGCUUGAGGAACAGGAUUCCACACAGGCAACCACACAACAAGCCCAGCUGGCAGCAGCCGCUGAAAUUGACGAAGAACCAGUCAGUAAAGCAAAACAGAGCCGGAGUGAAAAGAAGGCACGGAAGGCUAUGUCCAAACUGGGUCUUCGACAGGUUACAGGAGUUACAAGAGUCACUAUCAGGAAAUCUAAGAAUAUUCUCUUUGUCAUCACAAAACCAGAUGUCUACAAGAGCCCAGCUUCAGAUACCUACAUAGUUUUUGGGGAAGCCAAGAUUGAGGAUUUAUCUCAGCAAGCACAGCUGGCAGCUGCUGAGAAAUUCAAAGUUCAAGGUGAAGCUGUCUCAAACAUUCAAGAAAACACACAGACUCCAACUGUACAAGAGGAGAGUGAAGAGGAAGAGGUUGAUGAAACCGGUGUAGAGGUUAAGGACAUAGAAUUGGUCAUGUCACAAGCAAAUGUGUCAAGAGCAAAGGCAGUCAGAGCCCUGAAGAACAACAGCAAUGAUAUUGUAAAUGCUAUUAUGGUAAGUGUUAAAGCCUUUAUUCCUUGACUUCUUCAGCCCUGACCAGUUCGGGGUGACUUUAUUUUCUAUACUUAAGAUCAACCAGUUUAGGAAGCUUCAUUCCAAAGCCUAUUCUGAAUUACCUCAUAUUUAGGGACCUGAAUUCCAGUUUGCCUUUAACUACUUCUAAUGAUCUCUUUUCUUACAGGAAUUAACAAUGUAACCAUCUGAAAACGAGGACCUUUUUUUGGUGUUUCAAAA